CUGGGUAGGAAGAGGUUGUCUGUGCUGCUGGUGGACUGCAGGAAAACAACGGGGCUGAGUGGAACUGUGAGAGGAGGAGAAGAGAAGAAAGGAUCAGAUUUGACUCAUCAAAAAAUUGACCAACAGAGUGACACAGAAGGAAUGGAUGAGGACUCUGCGAGUGACCAGAGUUUUGAUCCCAGCGAUUCUGAUUGGGAGCCCAUACUGCCAAGGUGCAAAUCCCCCACUGAAGCUGGUCCAUCUGCCCGGCCAUCAAGAGGUGUGGAGCCGGUGACAAAGAAGCGGAGGAAGGAAAGUGUGGAACCUGCUGGCAGUGCGGAGGAGGGUCGUUGGCACUCUGUGCUGGAGGAGGAUGUGGCCCCACCGCCUCCAAUUUUCAGACCAAAGAGGCCACCAGGUCCUCAGCUGGCCAUGACCUCUAAGUACAGCCCCAUGCAACUUUUUCAGCUGUUUUUCACCUCGGCAGUUGUUGAUUCCCUGGUGUUGAACACUAAUAAGUACGGAGCUAAGAAGCAGGAAGGCAAGAAAGAGACAUGGAAGCCCAUUUCCAGGUCAGAUCUUUUUUGUUUCAUGUCUAUGGUCAUGUACAUGGGUGUUGUGAAGCUAAAAACCCUGAAGGACUACUGGAAAACUGCUCCCCUCUAUCAACUGCCUUUCCCAUCCACUGUCAUAUCAUGCAAAAGGUUUCUGACAAUCUCAGGGGCGCUUCAUAUCAGUGACCCAGAAGUUGAUAAGGACAACGAGACGAAGCGAGGCACGGCGAGGUUUGAUAAGCUCUGCAAAAUUAAACCUCUCUACCUCGACAUCAUUGAGGCCUGCAAAACCUAUUUUCAGCCUGCCCAGAACCUUUCCAUAGAUGAGAGGAUGGUAGCCUCAAAGGCCAGAAAUGGCCUAAAACACUACAUGCAUAACAAACCGACUAAAUGGGGUUACAAACUGUUUGUUUUGGCCGAUUCUGCGUGUGCAUACACAUGCAAUUUUUUUAUCUAUGAGGGGAAGAACAGUUGUGCGACCGGUAAGAGACUUAGCUAUGACUCCGUUAUGCAGUUAUUAGAUUUUCAGCUGCUAGGGAAGGGCUACAAACUGUUUGUGAAUAACUUUUACACAAGCCCUACCCUGUUCACAGACCUGAGGAAGCUGGAGAUGUGGGCCUGUGGCACCAUUCAGACCAACAGAGUGGGCUUUCCGAAAACCAGGGUGAACGACAUGCCUAAGCAGGCUGAGCGGGGUACCAUGAGAUGGAUCCGUGAAGAUGGCCUGCUGUUUGUGAAGUGGAUGGACACCAGAGAGGUGGCACUGUGCUCCACUAUCCACAAGUCCUUCAGUGGUGAUCACGUCGUCAGGCGUGUGAAGGACGCUACAGGGGCAUGGACCACCAAAAAUGUCCCCAUUCCUGCAGCCAUCAAGGACUACAACAAGAGCAUGGGAGGUGUGGACCUGUCAGAUGCGCUGAUAGGAUACUACAAUGUUCUCCACAAGACAAUGAAAUGGUACAAGACAUUUUUCUAUCAUUUCAUUGACAUUGCUGUGGUGAAUGCCUUCAUCCUCCAGAAGGAAAUGGCUAAGAGCUGUGGACAGCCCCCCAUCUCACAGCUAGCCUUCAGAGAGCUGCUCAUCCAGGAGCUUGCUAGCUACAGCAAGUCCACUGUAGCACCUUCUGUCCCCUCUACGUCUGUCCCCUCUGCUCCAACUAGUAGUGUUCACCUGCCCAGAUUCAUCUCUGCAGACAUGAAUGUGCCUCGGGGCAAAAAGGGCACAGUAGGGAGACGUCGUUGUGUUCUGUGUCACAUGAAAUGCUCCAUCAUCUGCACCAGCUGUUCAGUAACCCUCUGCUUUACAGCAGAAAGAGACUGCUAUUGGGCAUGGCAUCAGAAGAACAAUAUUGUGUAGAGGACUGAGGGUCUUCACAAUAUUGUACAUUAUACAUUGAAUGUGCGUAAAUAGUUACCCUUGUUAUUUUAAUUUUUUUUCAAAUGUUCAUAUUUUUGGGGAGGGGGGGGGAAAUAUGUUAGAAUGGCAUUCAAGUGUUUUGUAUAUAGUAAUUUACUUCAAAAUGUAUCACUGUACCAAUUCGGCCACUUGGGUACAUUUGGGCAACAUGUGUGGGACACCUAGGUGACUAUAUACUCAAUGUCAUGUAGCUCACUCAUUCCUGAAGAUAUCUUUCUGAAACUUUUUUCAAAUACUGUUGCCAUCUUAUGUUCUCCAUUCAAACCACCCCCAGCAUCCUAUCUGUAUGUUUGGAUGUUCUUGUUUCAGUUGAAAGAUGAUGCAGCAACAAUAAAAACAGAAAACGUAUGUUUA